CCUCUCUUUAGCCGGCUCUCUGUUCGCGGACCGGAAAAACUGAGCUGUGAAGACGUACGUGCGUGGAGACGUGAUUACGUGCCGCUUGAGGCCGAUGCUAUCCGCGGGAAGCCCGGUUUCAAAACGAGGAAUAUGGCAGAUCAAAUCCAGGAAGGAGGCAUACAUUUCCCUUUCCCCUAUACUCCUUACUCUAUCCAGAAGGACUUUAUGGCAGAGCUGUACCGUGUUUUGGAGGCUGGAAAGAUUGGAAUAUUUGAGAGUCCAACUGGUACUGGUAAGUCCUUAAGUCUCAUUUGUGGGGCUCUUUCUUGGCUCCGUGACUUUGAGCAGAAGAAGCAACAAGAAGAAGCCCGUCUUCUUGAAAAGCACUUGGAGGAACCUCCACCUCACAUGUCUACUAGCCAGGGGGCCCCAGAUGCCCCAAAGCCUACUGGGGACCCUGAUUGGAUUGCCCAGUUUGUGCAGAAGAAAGAAGAAAAGGACAUGAUAGACAGACUAAAGGAUGAACAAAUCAAGAGGAAGAAGCGAGAGGAACGUCUCCAACAGAUACGCCACAAUGCACAUUUAAAAUAUGCACCCAAAAGAAUGAGACAAGAAGAAGAAGAGAUGGCACGCCUAUUGCACCUCAGCAAGGAGAUGCUAGCAGCUGCAGGGAGUGGACCGCCAGAGGAAGAACUGGGCAAGGAAGAAGAACUGGUUCUUGCUGAAUAUGAGAGUGAUGAAGAGAAAAAACCAGUCAGUGGAGCUUAUGAAGAGGAUGAUGAAGACCUGGAAGAGGAACAUGUAACCAAGAUUUAUUACUGCAGUCGAACACACUCUCAGCUGACGCAGUUUGUGCAUGAAGUACAGAAGAGUCCCUUUGGUAAAGAGACGAGACUUAUCUCCCUUGGCUCCCGGCAGAACCUUUGUGUGAAUGAAGAAGUGAAACCUGGGUCAGUUCACCUCAUCAAUGACCGCUGUCUGGAGAUGCAGAGAAACAAGCAUGAGAAGAAAAAUAAAGAGGAAGAAAAGCCAAAGAAAAGGAAAACGGAGAACCGUGCUUCUUGCCCCUUCUACAACUACGAGCAGAUGCAGUUUCUUCGUGAUGAGGUUCUCAUGGACGUGAAAGACAUUGAGCAGCUGGUGGCCCUAGGGAAGGAGACUCAAGCCUGCCCCUACUAUGGCAGUCGAUUUGCCAUUCCUUCAGCCCAGCUGGUGGUUCUCCCUUACCAAAUGCUGCUGCAUGCUGCAACCCGUCAUGCUGCUGGCAUUAAACUUCAGGGACAGGUGGUAAUCAUUGAUGAAGCCCACAAUCUGAUUGAUUCGAUCACAAGCAUCCACAGUGCUGAGGUUAGCGGUUCCCAGCUCUGCCACGCUCACUCCCAGCUGUCCCAAUACAUGGAGCGAUACAGGAAACUUUUGAAGGCCAAGAACCUGAUGUACAUCAAACAAAUUUUGUAUUUGCUGGAGAAAUUUGUGACUGUUUUGGGUGGAAAUGUGAAACAGAAUCCCAACACUCAGAGCCUCAUUCAAACAGGGACUGAGCUGAAGACCAUCAAUGACUUCCUGUUUCAGAGCCAGAUUGACAAUAUCAAUCUAUUCAAGGUGCAACGGUAUUUUGAGAAGAGCAUGGUCAGCAGAAAGUUGUUUGGGUUCACGAAGGAAUACGGUGGUGUCUCUGUCCUUCCACCUUCUAAAGAGCAAUCCAAGUUGGCUGGUUUCCAACACUUCUUGCAGAGCCUUCAGCCUGGGACUGGAGCAGCUCCAUCCUCACCUUCCACAGACGAUGAGAGCAGACCCGCAUGGCUUGGCUCUCCACUGAUGCAAAUUGAAAGCUUCCUUGCAGCUCUUACCACUGCCAACCAAGAUGGCAGGAUAAUUGUGAACAGACAAGGCAGCCUCAGUCAGAGCAGUCUCCGGUUUUUACUCCUGAAUCCCUCAGUGCACUUUGCCCAGGUGGUAAAGGAGUGUCGGGCAAUGAUCAUUGCUGGGGGCACCAUGCAGCCGGUGGCUGAUUUUCGGCAACAGUUGCUAGAAUGUGCUGGGGUUGGAACAGAGCGUGUGGUUGAGUUUUCCUGUGGCCAUGUAAUCCCACCAGACAAUAUUCUACCCAUUAUCCUUUGCAGUGGGCCCUCGAAUCAGCAAUUGGAAUUCACCUAUCAGAAGAGAGAGCUGCCUCAGAUGAUGGAUGAAAUUGGCCGCAUCCUCUGCAACAUAUGCAAUGUGAUUCCUGGAGGUGUGGUCUGCUUUUUCCCCUCCUAUGAGUACUUGCACAAGGUACAGGCACACUGGGAGCAGAGUGGUCUACUGACUCGUCUGGCAGUAAAGAAGAAGAUAUUUCAGGAGCCUAACAGAGCAAACCAGGUGGAACAGGUGCUGGCUGAAUACUCCAAGUGCAUUAAGAGAUGCAGCCAAGUAAAAGAUAUGAUGACUGGGGCCCUUCUCCUUUCAGUGGUUGGAGGGAAGAUGAGUGAAGGGAUCAACUUCUCUGAUGACUUAGGGCGGUGUGUGGUUAUGGUGGGCAUGCCCUACCCCAACAUCAAAUCCCUGGAGCUGCAGGAGAAGAUGGCGUACCUGGAUCAGACCCUUCCCAAUAGCCCAGGGAAAGCCUUGAUUGAAAACCUGUGUAUGAAAGCUGUCAACCAGUCUAUAGGACGGGCCAUUCGGCAUCAGCAGGAUUUUGCCAGCAUCCUACUCCUUGACCAACGUUAUUCCCGUUCAUUUGUUCUGGCCAAACUACCUGGCUGGAUCCGAGCCCAGGUGAAAAUCAAUGCCACAUUUGGCUCGGCCUUUGCUGCUUUGAGGAAGUUUCACCGGGAGAAAUCGGAUCCUUCCUGACAGAUGAGCAUCACUCCCUACUACCUGCCUGAGCCUGCUGCAUGUGCUAGUAUACCUCCAGUUUUGGCUGCAAAGAAGACAAAACACAGAUCUAGCUCCAGCUUUUUCUGCCCUGUUUCCUUGUGUGAGGACUGGAGGAACGUUUUAUGUUGGUGCAAAACACUUGGACAGCAAGACUUCCACAACCUGUCUUGAGAAGUUAGAAGAGAAUCUGGGCUUUGGAGUAGAAGACUGAGUUGAUGGUGGCGGGUUAGGGUAUUGUAGAUUUUGUAUUGCAGCUUUAGACUGGAUCUGUUCUCAGAUGAGAUGGACAGAGAAGUUAUGGUAGGAGAAAGAUGUGGGUUGAAUUUCACUUUAGUUAAAGAAGAAAGAAAAGUUUGGUGUUAUUCGGAGGAAGCAUUGGAGAAUGGAUUUUUUGCACUUGGUUUUUACUGGUUGUUCUUGCCUCUCCUUCCUGCUACUUUGUUGUGAAACACUGUCCAGACCCAGCAUGAAGCUGCCACUAGGUAGCUUCUCCCUGAAGCAUGUCUGUGUGGCAUGUCGAUCUCCUUUGAGGAUUUAUGAAGAAAUUUAACCUCAGUCUUUUGUCAUCUGUCCACCACCUACCUCCCUUUUUGAGCUCGUUUAGCCCUCUUUUUCUCACAAAGAAAAUAAAUAUUAGUCCAUGCUUUUUCUAUUUUUGCCCCCAGGACAUCUUGCCUCCCUGCCUCCUGAAAAGGGGCUGGGGUUUAAAGGAGCACAAUUCCAUAUAGGUGGCUUGUUCCAGUUCCCCUUUCAAAGCCAAUGCAAUCACACAGUUACCUGUCAUCGAAAUGUUAGGGGCUAUGGGCUCCCAGGAUGAUUAUUUUUAGCCAUUAUGUGUCUAUUUCUGUGUCUCUGCUGUGUGGCUAUCUCUACCCUAGGAUAUCUGAAUCUCCCCUUUGCUACUUACCCAUGCCCCAAAGAAAAGGACCCCUUCCACUCUCAUAAUGGUGAAAAGGAGGGCUUACUCUUACUGUCAUGUAUUAACAUGCCUUGAUUAAAGUGCACGUUUGGUUCA